GGAACCCACAAGCCCACGCCAGGGCUCGGAACACAAAGAACGCGGCUGGGUGUCGACCGGCACCGGAGGGACCGGCGCCUUCGGCGGCGCGCUUCCGCUUCCGGUUCUCGGCGUCGACUCUGGCCGCGGCUCUGCUCUCCACCGAGGAGGUUGUGGCGUCGCUCCAGACAGAAUGAUCGAGGUUGUUUGCAACGACCGUCUGGGGAAGAAGGUCCGCGUGAAAUGCAACACCGAUGACACCAUCGGGGACCUUAAGAAGCUGAUCGCAGCCCAAACUGGUACCCGUUGGAACAAGAUUGUACUAAAGAAGUGGUACACGAUUUUUAAGGACCACGUUUCUCUGGGGGACUAUGAAAUCCACGAUGGGAUGAACCUGGAGCUUUAUUACCAAUAAAACAGAAUUCCUUCCCCUGCCAUGCCCUCCCUUCUCUCAGCGUCACCCUCCACACUGGUAUAGAUGCUUGUUUUUAAAAAGUCAUGUUAAUAAAAGCUUAGAAGCAGC